AUGACGACCAAGCCCCACCCCCCGCUCAUGAAGAAGCACAGUCAGACUGACUUGGUGAGCCGUCUUAAGACCCGGAAAGUUCUGGGCGUCGGGGGUGAGGAUGAUGAUGGUGAGGUACACAGGUCAAAGAUCAGUCAGGUGCUUGGCAAUGAAUUGAAGUUUGCUGUGCGAGAACCAGUAGGUCUGAGACUAUGGAUCCUCAUGUCAGCACUUCUGUUCACGGUCACAGCUUUAAUGGCCUUAGCCUUCCCCAGCCAGGUGUAUGAGAUUGUGUUUGAACUCACCACCACACGAAUCUCAGUGCGACUCUAUGGAGGAGCCCUGUUGAGUAUCUCAUUAAUCCUUUGGAAUGGCCUAUACACAGCAGAAAAGGUCAUCAUUCAAUGGACCCUGCUCACUGAAGCAUGCUACUUUGGAGUACAGUUUCUAGUGACAUCCGUCACUCUCCUGGAGAUGGGCACAUUGUCUAACGGGGCUAUUCUUCUUCUUCUCACUGAAGCCUUCUUCUUUCUUGUUACACUCUCGUACUACUACUACCUUGGACGCCGGUCUAAGAAGAUUUAA